CCUCCCACUUGCUGUUGCCACUCUGAAAAGAUGCCCUGAUUUACUUUCUAGGCUGGGACUCUUUCUUUAAAAAGGAAGAAAAGGGAAAUAUCAUGUGCGUCUUGUUUCUUUAGGAAGUUACUAGAUAAGCAUCAGGGUUUCCCUAUUGUCUUUUUAAGAAAAGAAAAAAUAAAAUAAGAAAUAGUGCAAUUGUGUGGCUUUUGAGUUGGUCCCUCCAGAAGAUUCAACAAUAAUCUCUUGUGUUGGUGGUAUUUUGAAUCUGCUUUCUAAGUUCCUUUCUUCCCUCCCAUCUCAACUUUUUCACUCCUAAAUAUUUAUCUGUUUCCAGCAUUUGGCUGGCAAGUGUCAAGUGGGAUUUUGUGGGGUGGAGGAGAGAAAAGGGGCUGAAACUUUGUUUAAAAGUGUUUCUAAAAGUAUUUUUCUUUCGAGGGAGUGAAAAAUAGCUGUCACUCCCACUUGAUAGAAAAGGGGUCUCCCACCCCACCCCUCUCCCUACUUUUCUGAUGAACUAGAGGGGUUAACAGAUUUAGCUAAAACGACCGAAUAUUGUCCAGAAUGUUUGUGAGUGUCUCCAUAGCAAACUUCAGCAAAAUAAAUGCAUUGGGUAUGGCUUUAAAACACACACAUCUAGAGCCAACCAUUUCUUGACUUUCUCCAGCCUUUUUGCUUUGAUUUUGUGUUGCUCAUUUGAAAGCUCAAUGGGGCUGCUUUGUGGCAUUUUGUGGUUCUUUUCUGAAGUUUCCCCACUUUCUUUUCGCCUCUGACCGCCCUCCAUGGAGCGGCUGAAAAGAUCUCCCUGGCUUGAAAGGCUGGGGUUAAUGUGUCUUCAAUGUGGCCGGGUUGUAAGAAAUUCAGGAAACUUUUCAUGGGAUUCUAAUUCCCCCCCUCCUUUCUUUUGUUGUGGGGGGAGGGAAGGUUCCAAUUCCUAAUUUUGAAUUUCAGGCGUUUGGGGCAUUCCAAGGAAGGCAGAGAGAACAUUUAACUUUCCUUCUGCAAGAUUCCAAAAUAUCCAACCAGUUGCUCUGCAGUUGGAUGGAAAGAAAGGCCGUUUCAAACUAAUAUUUUUCAGGAGGAUCUUGUAGGUUUUGCUUGAAGUUUUCGAACUUUGGAAAUCAAUUGCUACUCUAGGCUGAAGCGGAGAGAAGAGUGAAAGGAGAAAACAAACUCCAAACCCUUCUAAACACACACCAAGGAGACACUGAUAAACUGAAAAUGGGUGUGUGAUCAAUCAACUCACAAAAUCAUUAUUCGGAUUAUCGUCUUAUGGAUUUUUAAAAUAACUUUUAAAAAUAUAUAAAUAAAGCAUCCAAGAAGUCCCUCUCUGUAGAGUUUUUAAAACAUAUAUUAUAGGUUUUUAAUACAUAUAUUAAAACAACAACAAAACAAAACUGGUGUGUUUUUGAACCGCUGAAAGCGAAGUUUUGUUGAGUUUAAUAAAGCGAGACUUUGCCAAGCCUCGGAGAGAAACAGUGCAAAACAAAUAGCCGCUGAGACGAGCCAUUAUUUAAAUAAGAAUAGCUGGCAAGAUGGAAAAAUUUCACACUCGUUUUCUGGGCUGGGGCGGAGGGGGUGUGUUUUUGUUCCGUUUAAAAAAGGCAUCCUGAAGUGUAAAGUGCCUCGUCUGAGGAGGGAGGGCGAGUUUAAUAAAUUCUAAGGCAGUGAAUGGUUUCCCUUUAAAAAUGGAAGAGAGGCGCAACCGGGGUCCAUGAUCCUUUAGGUGACCCAACUGGCGAGGAAAGUAUCGUGAGGACAGCCUGAAAGAGGCUUCGGGGGCGGGGGGCGCUUUAAUUCCGACUUAGACCCAACCGGUUGCAGAAGCAUGAAAACUGAACUGGCUGGGAAGGUCAGGCGGAUUUCCCCGGGUGAGAACCUUCCUCGCCGGCGAAUCCAGGCCGCGUCUAAGGAGGGUUGAAUCUCUCUGAAAAGUUCCGCGCCUUCCCUGGCAGGAGGGAGCUUCUCCCCCUCUUUGCAAGGAGCUGAUCGGGUCCCGCUGCCCAGCACCAACAUCACCCCCAAAGCGGCCAACCUGGGUCGUUUUGCGCGCACACCCAGAAACCCGCGGCGGGGGAGAAGUUUGGCUCCGCGGGCUCCAAGCAGCCCCGGUCCCAACUGCAGCCGACUCUUCCACGGACCGAGGAGGCCCGUGUCUGUGGCGCCGCUGGGAGGAGCGGGCGCUUGCUGCCUGGCGGUGGGGCGGGAGGAGGCGGCUGAGCCUCACCAGGCCUGCUUGGCGAAAUGACUGGAGCGCAGGAGGAACUCCCAGAGCUGGGCACGGCGGUGCCUGGAGAUGGGGAAGCUGGCUGAGGGGCUUGUGGGGAAGAGGUCGGCCUCCUCCGCGGAAGAGUGGGAGCCACGCCGGAGGAAGGAGUGGGUAUGAUGAUUUGGUACAUUACGCCGGAAUGGACGGGGUCUCUCUGUCGGGCUUUGGAGACCAUCCGCACACGGCCAGGGGACUGCAGCAGCACCACGCGCUGAGCCAGGGGUCCCCCUAUGGAGCUGCGGCGGGAGUCAACCACCGGCCGGGGAUGCCGCCAGGCUUGGCCAACGACACCUUGAAGAGAGAGAAGGACGAGAUCUAUGGGCACCCUUUGUUCCCGCUGCUGGCCCUGGUUUUCGAAAAAUGCGAAUUGGCCACCUGCUCUCCCAGGGACACUUCUGGUUCUUAUCCAGGAGGUGACGUCUGCUCGUCGGAUUCCUUCAAUGAAGACAUUGCCGUCUUUGCCAAACAGGUUAGGACAGAAAAACCUCUAUUUUCUUCCAAUCCUGAGCUGGAUAAUUUGAUGAUCCAAGCCAUCCAAGUUCUCAGGUUCCAUCUUCUGGAGUUAGAAAAGGUGCAUGAUCUCUGUGACAACUUCUGCCAUCGCUACAUCACUUGCCUCAAGGGGAAGAUGCCUAUCGACUUGGUGAUUGACGACCGGGACGGAGGCUCCAAGUCUGACCUCGAAGACUUUGGCGGAUCCUGCGCCAGCCUGUCCGAUCAGAACAACUCCUGGAUCCGGGAUCACGACGAGACGGGCUCCACGCACUCGGGGACGCCGGGCCCCUCCAGUGGCGGGAUCGCAUCGCAAAGUGGCGAUAACUCCAGCGAGCAAGGAGACUGUCUAGAUAACAGCGUAGCAUCUCCCAGCACGGGAGAUGACGACGACUUGGACAGAGACAAAAAACGGAACAAGAAACGAGGGAUCUUCCCCAAAGUGGCCACAAAUAUCAUGCGUGCUUGGCUAUUCCAACACUUGUCGCACCCCUAUCCCUCCGAAGAACAGAAGAAGCAAUUAGCUCAGGAUACGGGACUGACGAUCUUGCAAGUGAAUAACUGGUUUAUUAACGCUAGGCGGCGCAUUGUUCAGCCCAUGAUUGACCAAUCAAAUCGCACAGGUCAGGGGGCACCGUACAGCCCCGAUGGGCAGCCAAUGGGAGGCUACGUCAUGGAUGGGCAACAGCAUAUGACGAUCCGCCCCCCAGGACCGAUGGGGAUGGCGAUGGGGAUGGAAGGACAAUGGCAUUACAUGUAGAGGCUUGACCGUGCUGCCACACCGAGGGGAAGUUUCCAGGCAAGGCGCAGUGUGCUGGCAACACACCAACCAGGUUUAUGGGCACGAGGCUCGGGGUGCAUCGGGGCCCAGCGUGCCCACGUUUCUCCCGCCUUCCCCUUCACUCGACCCUGACUGUGCCACUGACCGUCUUCCCUCCCCACGCCGCCCCCUGCAGCCACACCGCACGGCCACUGCCCACACUGCCACACCGACCAGAGAGAGCAACCCCCUCCCCAGAUGGACCGAGCAGGGGGAGAGCAUCCCGUGACAUGGCUCCCUUCCCUCCAGCAGGUCUUUCUCUCCCCGCCCCCCCAUUCCCUUUUGCCAAAAGAAGAACCAUUCGGACAACACGACAGCCAAGAGUGCAAGAUCUACCACGGCAUUUCGCCUGCCAGGGUUUGGGGACCAGUUGACGGAUCACCAGAAGCACGUUGGACUUGGAUGGAAACUGAGCCCAUCCCUCCACUUUUAAAGAAAGGGGUGGAAAUGGACAGCACCCCUCGUCUUUCAAGAGAAAUUUGGGGAGGCGGAGGCGAGAUCUUCAUUUCUUGGGACUGCUUUAUAGUUUCUUCUCACCACGCACAGACCACACACAAGUCCGCCCACUCCCCAUGGCGGGGAGCACAGCUAGCUUUGAUCACGGUCCCCACCCCAUGGACUUUUUUUUUUCCAAACAAGAAAAUGUUCCAAGCAGGGUUGUGUUUAAUUUUGGGUCCCCCCCUCCCUGCCUUUCUUUCUUUCUUCUUCUGGAUGUUUUAAUUAUUAAUUAAUUAUUAAUGUCGAUGCUCAGAAAGGGGAAGUAAAUUAAAUUGUACAUUUUAUUUUCCUUUUUCGGGGUCCUUGUUUUGAAUGAGCCUUUUUUUUUUUUUUUAAAGAAAUGAGAAUAAUUCGAGAAAAGAAAACCAAAACAAACUAA